CUUCUAUUGUGUUCUAAUUUUGUGUGGUCAUCAAUAUCAUUUCCAUCGUCUUACUAACCGACUUUUAAACGGUCAGCUACUUCCUCCCGCACCAAAUUCACCUUCAAAUCUCUCUCUCCCUCUCCGCUCUCAGCUUUUCUCCAUGGAUUUGGUUUUCUCGAAUUGUAAAAAUGCGCCAUCUUUGUCCGCUAAGAAUCAUAGAAAUGUACACCCACGUUCCCAGAUUUCACGCUCAAUGCCUCAAAUAAGGAUCAGAUGGUCGCCGAUUCGAGUUUCCAAUCUCGCAGCAGCUUCCCCACCUCAAAAUUCCAGAAAUGGAACCGCCACAGCUACUAGCAUCAAUAGGAGUAUAGCUUCCACCACUGAGAAUGAGAAGCCGGCUUCUUUACAGUUACUAGGCAAGUCUAGCGCCGCCAUGGAACAACUCGACAUCGAGCGUGGAGUCUGCCUGCCGUUUCGCAAGUACUCUCCCGAGAUAGUGAGGAAUAAGGUGUUGGAAUCCAGAGCGUCUAUAUUUUCUCUUAUGUUGCGUGGAGUGGAAAUAGUGUGGAAUUUGGGGUUGUACUGGUCUUCCUUGAUGUAUGAUUGCUUGGUAGGAAGGGAUAUAGAGGUCGUUCCAUAUCGAGCACGUCAGCUGAGGAUCCUCUUGUGCGAUUUAGGACCUUCUUUUAUCAAAGCUGGGCAGGUUCUGGCCAACAGACCUGAUAUCAUUAGAGAAGAUUACAUGAAUGAGCUCUGCAUUCUUCAAGAUGAUGUUCCUUCUUUCCCCAAUCAGGUAGCUUUCAAGAUUAUAGAAGAAGAGCUGGGCCAACCGCUUGAAGCUGUAUUCUCUAAAAUUUCAUCACAAACAAUAGCAGCUGCAAGCUUGGGUCAAGUUUAUCGAGCUACCUUAAGAGAUACAGGCGAGGAUGUUGCAAUCAAGGUACAAAGGCCUGAGAUAGAACCUAUAAUCUACCGGGAUCUUUUCCUUUUCAGAACUCUUGCUUCAUUCCUAAAUGGCAUCAGCUUACAGAAACUGGGAUGCAAUGCUGAGCUGAUAGUUGACGAAUUUGGUGAGAAACUUCUGGAGGAGCUUGAUUACACCUUGGAGGCCCGGAAUAUUGAAGAUUUUCUGGAAAACUUUAAAGAUGAUCCUACUGUUAAAAUUCCUCAGGUUUACAGAAAGCUUUCUGGUUCCCGUGUUUUAGUAAUGGAGUGGAUAGAUGGUAUUCGGUGCACAAACCCACAGGCUAUCAAGGAAGCUGGCAUUGACAUAGAUGGAUUUUUAACAGUUGGGGUGAGUGCUGCUUUGCGGCAAUUGCUAGAGUUUGGGUUAUUUCAUGGAGACCCACAUCCUGGGAAUAUAUUUGCUAUGCGAGAUGGACGUAUUGCAUAUGUGGACUUCGGGAAUGUUGCAGUACUUAGUCAGCAAAAUAAGCAAAUACUGAUUGAUGCUGUUGUGCAUGCUGUAAAUGAGGAUUAUGCUGAGAUGGCAAACGAUUUCACUAGGCUUGGCUUCUUGGCCAGUGGAACUGAUGUCUCUCCUAUCAUUCCAGCUCUGGAAGCAAUUUGGCAGAACUCAGCUGGGAAAGGACUUUCUGAUUUUAAUUUCAGAAGCGUCACGGGGAAAUUUAACCAGUUGGUUUACAAUUAUCCCAUCCGUAUACCCGAGCGAUUUUCCCUUGUUAUCCGUUCUUUAUUGACUCAAGAGGGAAUCUGUCUCACCCUGAAGCCAGAUUUUAAAUUUCUUGAGGUUGCCUACCCAUAUGUGGCAAAGCGCCUUCUAACAGACCCAAAUCCAGCUCUUCGUGAACGCCUAAUACAGGUUUUGUUUAAAGAUGGUCUUUUCCAGUGGAAACGGCUUGAAAACCUUAUUAUUCUUGCAAAGGAGAAUGUAGCUAGGAUGAGCAGCAACCCUGCAUUGCAAGUAAAGAAUAUGCGAAAUUCAAGAACCUUGCAAGUGCAAAGGAAGUUAGAUCUGACAGACACUAUAAAAGAUGGAGCUCGUCUUUUCUUUACGGAUGAAGGAAUUCGUAGACAGCUGCUUUUGGCUCUGACUGAAGAUUCUAAGCUUCACAUUGAAGAGCUUGUAGAUGUUUAUAGACUGGUGGAGGAAGAAAUAGAUAUACCCUCAGUAGCUGUCGAAGUUGUACGAGAAAUUCCAAAUGUAAUCCGGGAUCUCAUGCUUUCGUGGAGUGACUCGGUCUUAUCGGAUAGAUGAUUUAAUGUGUCGGUGUAAGAUCCAUGCAUACGAUCUAGUUUGAAUUAAACUUUACUCGCCAACAAAAGUCAUCUAAGUUGUGCAACUCUGUUUGUGGACGGCAAAUUUUCCAAGUUGUAACUUGUAAAUGCCUAGGGAACAUCAUUUGCUGUAUAUAAACAAAUCAAAGGGAAAAAAAAAAAAAAAAAAAAAAAAAAAAAAAGGCAAGCUGUAUUAUAUAUAGAGAGUAUUUCUAUGCAAUAUGACCGACUUCCUAGCCGCCUUCUUCGUC